AUGGCGGUGUCACGCGAACAGUGGAAGGCGACAGACUUUGUAGUGGACGACAUGGUGUACUCCAGCAUCGACGUGCUCGUCAUGGACGGCCUACGCCACCUACAAUGCUUGGAGAAGGAUAGCACGCUCAGGCUGUACACCGCGUUCAUCUACCACUAUAAGAGUUGGGCGGCGAAGUUGCUGAAGCAGAUACGCGAGAAGCUACCCCAUGAGCAGCGACUUAGGCACGUCGACGAGAUCGGCCACUACAUCCGCGAUGACAAGAAAAAGGAUUGGUGCAACGAGAAAGUGGUCCGCCGACAGUACAUCUGGCUGCACGGCCCUAGGGUCACCGAAACCCGGCUGCGCGCCUACGUGAAGCAAAUGAGCCGUGAGUGUAACCUCAUUGAUGACCAGACCGGGGAGGAGAACAAUGCCACGCGAACCGGGCCUGUGCAGUCGACAACGGUGCACACGAUCCUCGGGCGCAUAAAGGCGUGCCAGAUGGCGGCGAGGGUGGAGGCGACGCUGUACCGAGAGAAGGAGCUGGGCAUCAUGAGGGAGAUCUCGGUGGUCAGAUCGGAGGUGCGGUUCAACGUCCACAACAAGAACGAGAGGGACAUCAAGAAUUGUGCCGACCGUCGCCGCGGCACAAUCGGCGAUACCUACACCGCCGAGCAGUUCCGCCAGAUCAUGACGAGGGUGCUGCCGACAUGGGCGGCGGCGGCGUGGAACCCGCGGGCAACCACUCCGUCGCAGACGCUGUGGCGAUUCCUGCUCGUCAAGGUGCUCACGCUACUCUCCCACCACUCUCUCCUGCGUGGCGCCAGCAUCCGCGAGAUCACGCUCCCCGACCAGAGCUACGCGGCGCGACACCUGGAAGCCGAGUUGUGCGCCGUCGGCGAGACCGGCCUGUGGCUGCACUUCAUCCUCGACCAGAUCGGUCAGUUCUCCGGCACCGACUUCCUUCCGCCGCUUGACACCACUGAACGCGAACGCUGGUACAAGAAGCAUCUCUUCUUCGCCAAGAAAGACAAGGAGCAAGAGGAGCUCUCCGCCGCCAGCCACCAACGUUGGACUCGGCAGAUGUGGACGACCAACAAGGUGUUAUGCAAAAGGAACGUGCACGCCGCCCGCGCCGGAGGUGCGCAGGAGCUAGCCAUCGAAGGGACGCCGCGCGCCGAGAUCGCCGAGCUGGGACACUGGGCUCUCGACAAGAUGACGCGUGCGUACAUCACGGCCAUUCCCGUUGGGGUGGUGAUGCGGAAGGCCGGCUACUCGGGACUCAAGCAAGACUACUUCUUGGGCCGCAGCAGGGUCGAGCCCUCCGGGGAACUCCUGAAGCUCCUCGCCGAGCACAUCUUCCCCGACGUGGAUUCUAUGCUGCGCGAUGCGGAAACACGUGCUGUCAACGGAAGCGACGCCGACAAAGCCGCAGUGCACUUCUUGCGCACCCUCGUGAUGUUCCGACGCAUUGUCGCCGAGGACCUCGCGGUGAAGCUCGUCCGCACACCGUGGCACCCGUACGUCCAAGGUUCCAAGCUCUGCAGGGAUGCCCUCUUCCAGCACUGGGCGAAAAGGGUCGAGUCGGUCGACACCGAGACGAUCAAAAAGCGCCAGGACCCGACACAGAUUCAGCCAGAGGAAAUCUCCGUCCGCAUGGACACCCAGUAUCACAACAUGUCCCUCAAGGAGGCGCUGAAGAAGGAGAUCGAGCGCUCGGCGCUCGAGAAGCUAGACCUUCAGGAGAAGCUCGAGAUGCAAGACGACACCAUCGCGUCGCUCACCGCCGAUCUUGCUCGACUCACCGAGGCACUCCGUGUGUCAGAAGCCCGGAGGAUGCCGGCGGCGCCACCGUCAGCGACCGAGCAAGCUCCGAGCGAGGGUGGCUCCGCGGAUUCGGCCAACACGGGGACCGGAGCCAAGAGAGGGGAUGCGAAACCCCCGCCACCCCCUCAGACGGAAGAGGAGGCCAGUUACGAGCUCAACGUGGUGCAACCUUGGCGGGAGGCAAAGACCGUGCGGGACGCUUGGCGCCUCUGGAACUCCGCCACCGCCAAUGGCACCCGUCGUCUUUGCGUCAGGGUCGCCGAGCCGGGGUUCAUCGACCGCCACACCCUCCUCAACGGCGCGACGCAGGGUGCACUCAACAUGAGGGUGCGCCGCAUGCUGAAGGCCAUGGAUGCGGUGCGCCAGCUACGCGCGAGCGACGGCGAUGUCGACACCGAAGCCGUGGUCGAUGCACUGAACAAGAUCGCGGCACCGGGCAUUGGGACCUUCUGCGAUGCCCUCACUGUGCUCAACCCGGGAACGGCACCGACGCAUUCCAAGGAGCCUGGCAUGGGCGUCAAGGGGCUUGCCCCCAAGGUGGUCUCGAAGCUACGCCUCGCCUGUGCGCUUGUGGCGCUCAACCUGAAGCCGGGUGAUUGGGUCGCCCGCCUGUUUCCAGACACCUGGGAGGAGCAGAUGCCGAAGACCGUGGCCGACCUGGCGAAGCCGACCGCACCGGUGCAACGUCCUCCGACCAAGCGCAAGAAGUCGGCAUGA